UCCCAGCGCGUCACACCCGCUCUGCAAGCAGUGGUUGUGCUGGUGCUGAACUCGACCGGAACGAGGGCUGUUUCUGGCCCAGGUCGCGGGCGAUCCGCAGCGAUUCCAAGUUGUCCCAGCCACUCCGCUUAGAGAUUGUCACCCCUUUGAUGAUGAAUGUUUAAACCUUCCUGAAUUCAGGUUGUCUCUGUGCCUCAUUCUCUCCUGUUUAUACCCCGAGCUUUUAUUCUCCGCCAAGGAUAUUUGACGCAGGGAUUUAACAAGCACAUCUCCUCCAAAUAUUUAAUUAAUGUGUUACACUGUCAGUAAAAUAAGCUUGACACUACACACUGACUUCCAAUGAACAGUUCCGGGGUUGGGAGUGGACCGUCCGGUUGUGGGUCUGAAGUGUUAAUUUUUUAAAGAAAUGGAUAAAAUAGUUAACUGUCUGUAUCGAAGACCUGAAGCACUUUUCAGACUCAUCUGCUUUCCCUGGGCUGGAGGUGGAUCUAUACAUUAUGCUCAGUGGGGAAAACACUUUACCAAUUUAAUAGAAGUUUACUCAAUCCGCCUUCCUGGAAGAGAAACCCGUUCUAAGGAGCCUAUUACACAAAAUUUUGAGGAGCUUAUUGAGGAAAUUUCCAGCGCCUUGCUGCCCUGCCUUAAGGAGAAGCCUUUUGCAUUUUUUGGUCACAGUUUUGGAGCAUACCUCAGUUUUGCUACAGCAGAAUUGAUACAAAAGAGUCAUGGUUUGGAACCUGUACACCUUUUUAUAUCUGGUGCUUCAGCACCACAUUCUCCAGCUCGCUAUCCUAUUCAGAAGAAGUCAGAUCUCCCAGACGAUGAAUUUUUGAAAUGGAUGACAUCUAUUGGUGGUACCCCAUCUGAAAUUCUUGCCAACAAAACCAUUCUGCAACUGUUUGUCCCAGUGUUAAAAGCAGACCUUAGACUUGUGGAAUUAGUUAGAUAUGAAAAACCCCAGGACAAGCUCUUCACUUGUUCCAUCAGUAGCUUCGAUGGGAAAGAUGAUGUACCACAUGACCUUGAAGCCUGGAGCGAUUUAACAAGUGGAGAAUUUACCAUCCACAAGCUUCCUGGAGCUCACUUCUACCUCAAAGAACCAGAUAAUGAAAAGUUUUUAAUAGCUUACAUUACAAAGCAUUUAGAGACGGCUGAAGUACACUACCUUUAAAGAUAGAAAUCUUCUUAAAUUGAAUAAGUUCUGAACGCUCACCCUAUAUGAUAUAGAGACCUUAAUUUAGGAAGUUACUGACAUAACCAUGAUGCCCCCUGCAGCUGUACAAGUUAUAACUGAUAACACAGAGCGUUCAUUAAUGUUAAAGGUUCAGUUGUUUUAUUUUCCAAAGAAAAUGAAAUGUAUCAACAGUACAGAAAAUAGAGACCGUGUUUUUAAUUAUUAAUAUUGUUAUUAUUAACAGUCAUCUGUUUGGACGUGACACACCUCUGGGAAAGGUGCACCUUGAAUCCAAAUCACCCAGUCCAGAGACAGGGACAUUAGCAUUGUGCCACAAGACUUCCAAUUUCCUUUGAAAUGUACGAUUUUUUAUUAAUAUGUACCAGAUUACUCUGACCACAUGAUUUUUCAAAUUAGUGCCGUGGCUCUUUGAAUUUUCAUUCAGUAUAUUUUGUGGCCAAUUGUAUACUCAUAGCACAACAUUGUAAAAGGAUUCCAUUUCAAAAGUUAUGCAUUUCUGUAAUAUUGUACCAAACUUAGACAAUUUCUUAUGCCAUUUUGUACAUUUGCCCUGUGUUUUUGUUUCAUUUAAGCAUUAUGAACUUGUACCUUGUGUAUGUACAAUUUAAAGAUUCUCCUAUUAUCACAAAAAAAUCCUUUUUAACAUGUGCAUCUAUAGGUGACAGUCCAGGCAGAAUUCUUAGAAUAGUGUAAGAAUGUUCUGAGCCUUAGCAUCAUAGUUGUUCCUUGGUCUAAGGGGUAGGAAAGCAAAACGGAAGCUUUCUGUAAGGUGAAAUUCCCGAGACUGUGGGAGAUUCGCAUUCUGCCUUGAUUUGUAACUGCCUCCCAUACAGCUACAAAGCUGUUCCACCCUACAGGAAUUUUGGGUCCAAUAUGUUUAGUGAUCCAUAAAUGUUUUAUCAUUUCCUGUAAAAGUCAUCGAAAUGUUUUUGUGGUAUCUUCUCCAUACAUGAAAAGGAAAGACAAACUUAGGUAUUUUACAAUGAUUUGGUUUUAUGCUUGCCCCAUUAAAAGGUAUAAUGUUUCAAUAAUCCCUAUCAAAAAUAAAGUGACUUUGCAGUUGAAUUGUUUUAUUCAAAA